AUGGGGGGCUUGGAUGCACAUCUAAUUUACUUGGACGAAUUUAUAAAUCCACAUCUUUUUGAUAUUUCUCUUUCCACUCCAAGCUUGGAACAGCAAACUAACCCACAAAAUACCAACCUUGGUUCUCAUGAAUCUCUCAAUUUAUCGAACCCAUUUAUUGAAACAGUAUCAAAUUCCAUGGAAGUAGAUGUUACCAACGCUUUUACCAAAACCCUAGAAGACUUGAGCGAUUUCUAUAUAAAACCUAAUAAAAGGCCCACUAUCUUUUUUCAUGGCUUCAACUAUGCUAUGAUGACCCUAUUUGUUAGGACACUGGAAAGGUAUUUUAAUGAUUCAAACAUUCUGGAUAGCUCUGAAAGAGUCAGCGUGGGGGUUUCUUUGCUUAAGGGAGAAGCUAGAGAAUGUGGAACUCUAACUGAGGACAUUCAACUCGAUAUGGUGUACGGUUUAAUACACAUCAGGCAGAUACAUGAAAAGGUUCCACGGGACAAAGUCCAUUCGUUCCAAGACCUUUUAACACAAGCACGUCUAGCUGAAGAAACUUUUAAAUCGCCUGAUGUUAGUAAAAUCACGGGUACUGAAUUUAAGGGACAAAAGCGUUACGUGUACUGCAAAAAUGCCGGUCACGUCAAAGAAGAGUGCCGUAAACUUAAGAAAGCUUUUGAACUUGGUUAUUCUCCACAAAAUAUCACAAAAAGCACAGUUCAUCAGGCCCAGGCAAAUGUACAAGUUCAAAACGCUGAAACAGCUCAAGAAAAAAGUUCCCCUCUGUCUUGCUAUGGAUGUGGUGCUCCUGGGUUUAUACGCAGUAACUGCCCUAACUGUUCAACUUAG